AUGGCACUUCCAGGAGAUGUCCAACGGCAAGUCAUGGUUUUGCUAGAAGAAGGCUUGAGGUCUGGUCACUGCUCCGUGGUUCGCUUGCGUCUUAGUUGCGAGGGCGGCCAGCUUGUGCGGCGUGUGCUCGGGUUGCUGCGGGGCCUUUCUGCAACUUCGGCACAUGCCGAGGACAGCCCAACUGCUGCCGGAGAACAACAGGACCAAGCCAGCGCGAUCGGAGUCCUUGGCCGCGUCCUUGGUAUGGUGUGCUCUGCCGGCAUUGGGGUCAACGAACUUAAGAGCCUUCUGCACGAACUUCGUGUGCCAUCUGUGUUGACACCGCCUAUUUUAGAUGCCCUCUCGGCAAUGACAUCACGCGAGAGCCACUCCUGGCGGAACCCGGGUGGAGGGAAACAAAAGCCGAAGGGUGUAGAUUGUGCAUCCAUCGGCAGUCUGUUUACCUUCGGUGGAGAUGGGGCAGGCCUACUGCUUCCCGUUGCUGCUUGGCCCUUUCCUCAUGAGUAUCAGUUCGUCGCCUGGAUUCGAGUGGAACAAUCCACGGGGUUAGAACCUCCUUCCACGCAAGGAGGAGGGACGAGGAAAGCACACUUGGUCACGUUUACUACGGACGCCGGCGCUGGUAUGGACUACUACAUCCAGGAUUCCCGUCUUUUCGUGGAGGUUGCUCAUGGCAAAGGAAGCGGGCGCAUGCCACCUAUCGUCGUUGACAUCGGCGACGCGGGGUUAAUGAGCGGGAGAUGGCACUCCUUGGUCAUUUCACACAGGCGACUCAGCACAAUCCUGUUCAACAAAGAUCACCUGGAGGCAAGUAGCUUUGUCUUCCUCGACGAAGAGCUAUUGUUUACCUCCUCCGUGCCUUACCCGCGCCAUGUAUCGGAGCCCGUUGCUCACUGCAGCAUUGGAUGGGAUCUAGAUGGCCAAACGUCGGGGGUGCUGCUACUAUCAGCGGUGGCGGAACAAAAGGUUGUGAAGUCCAUGCUGAGUCGAUUGGCAGGGCGGAUAGACGACACGAAGCAGGACGCUGAUGCAUGUGCAAGCACUCCUCCAGAUCUGGAUCUUUGGGAUGAUACCGCCACCGUCUCUGCUCAACAACGCCUCAAACGAAGACUCUUUGGCUCGAAAUACCGAGUUUUCGCAGCUCUUUUGCCAGAUCGCACCAUCAAUGGACUAUGCCUGGAGCCGCACAACGGGCAACACGCGCUGUUACGGGGUGAUACUACCCACGUGUGGAUAACACGCCAUUCGCAAGACGUCGUCAAAAGCAUUGGCGGGACGCUCACUGUUCUCUCGUUGGCCCAUGAGCUGCUGUCGGAUACUCCACAAGGGCCACCGGCAACACCAAACGCCAGCCCCGCGACAGGGCAGAAUGUGGAUACUGUGCUGUCCGUGCUGCUCAGCUUUCUCGACGGCAAUAUCGCGAAUCAGGGUGAUUUCUUUUUUGCCGGAGGCGCGGAGAUCCUGGAGCUCCUUCUCCAGUCUGCCCCAAAGAAAUAUUUUGCGCAGGCGGGGGCUCAUACCGUCCUUGUCCUUGAGAGAAUAUUCUGGGCGUGUCGGUCGCAUCAACUAUCUGUCUACAUUCAGCAAGCACUGCCGGGUCUAGCCGAAGACGCGUAUCGACCUCGGGCGGGGAUAUAUUCCCUGGACAACCAGAUUCUGGUUUGCCUUCUGUCCAACUUUUCUCUAUGGGCACAGGCUCCUCCUGAGUUCCAAUUCGGUUUGGUGACAAGCGUGCUGGAUAUGGUUCGUGGCGCACCGGAGCUAUUUCGGCAACUGUUGCCGUUAGAAAGCGUUCUCACAAGCAUUCGUGUUUGCUGCCCAGACCAGAUUGCAGCUGAAACUGGACGGCCGCAUGAAGAGGACAGAAACAACGUAUCUGGGUUCAUUGGUAGUGAAACAACAAGCGAGAGCUCGGCUGACGUUUCUGACACGAACAGCACUACAGACCGGGAGUGGAGCAGUAUGCUUCGGAGGGAAAGGACUCACAUGCGUGGUUUCCUUUGGGAGUUUGUGCGGUUGCUGCUCGAGCGAGAAGUACGUGAACAAGAUGGAGAAGCUCUAGUUGAUUUUGUCGUGAGCUGCGACGACACACGACUGGUGUGUGAACUUGUGCAAAUGCUAGGUUCGCUGAUGCGCAAGUCUGUGCCUCCCAGUGGGUUAUUUUGGGCUCUGGAGACGGCCUCGCUUGCCGAGGGAGGAGUUGGCGGGAGUGGAUGGCGAACACCAAAAACGACUCGCACACAAAGUCCGCCGCGUACAGGCUUUGUAACACUCGUCCUCGAGCGCUGUGUCUUGGUCAACGGGACAUCAGAAGAGUUACGUGGUGCCGGGCUGCGCGCCUCCAAUGUCUUUAUGGCACGAUUUUCGAAAGUAAACGGGUUGGAUGCCUCAAUACCUGGAGGCGAAAGCAUGAGCUCGAAAGUGUCUUCGGUGUUCCCCAUUCUGUCGGAGGGACUGAUGCGACAUCGACAUAGCUUAGGUGAGAGCACCUACGCCGCGCUUCUCGAAAUGGCGCUGCUAGGGGACGAGCAUGACGUGCCGUGGUCUGGGCAAGGCCAUGUUGUUGGGAUCGUGAACUCCAACUCCCGCUUUGGACAGCACAGCAGCAGCGACCUUGAGAUGAAGGAGGGUUUAUCACCAGAGGGAACAAGUACCGAAGAUGGCGAGCUCGCGCGCGGCGUUUGGUGGGACCAUGACCUGCGGGGUGCAGAUGUUCGCGGAGGGAAGGGCCACGUGCUUGAUGAUACGCAGCUCAUACGGAACGUUCUUCCACUCGCUCUUAUUCUUCAGCAUCUACCAACAAUGGCGAGCUCUGUACAGGAGCGGUCUCAUGGAGAUCUGCUCCUGAUGCUGAAACUCAACAGGGCAAACCGUGAGAAGGUGAUGGAGCUUUCUUCUGUGAACAGGGGGAAAUUCUGGGGUAUCUGGGAGCGCUGCAUGUUCCUCAUGAUGGCGCCACUCUUUUCAAGAGCGGCAGAUGACCGCGCAGGAUUGGACAGAGAAGAUGAGGACCUCCGAAAUGAGGAGCGAACAGGGGAUUACUUGAUGGUGCUCCGGCUCUACGCCAUUCUUCUGGAACAUGCGAUUUCCUUCGAUGAGGAUGGGUACAAGGAGAUCGCAGUAGCCUCCAGUCUCCAGCAUUUGAUUCCUCACGGGCGCAAGGCUGUUCGAGUUCUUCUGGCGCAGCUGGCGUUUGAGGUGGGACAAAACUCCGACUUUUCGUUGCCGCUUUUGCGGGUUGAGUCAUUCUCAGAUUCAUCAAGCGAUGCCGGAGAUCCAGAAGGCGAACAAGCGGAAACGCCUCAGCAGCCACGAUGGAACAACAUGGUUCACCUUGCCUUCAUUGCAGCCAACGUCGUGUCCGAUGACGUGUCUACGGUGACCCUAGGCCUCUUCCGACGGGGGAAAGAUGCAGGGAAAGACGGAAAGCAAACUGGCGACGAACCGAGUUUUGUGGGUGAUGGUGAAGCCAUACGAGCAUCUAAAGCGUCAGCUAGCAUUCCGUUCCUCCUGUACUCAAGCCCUGCCGGGCAUGCAAGCCUUGCUCUAUCAGCAAGAGUUCUGGGGAUGUUUGGAGUUCUCUCUGGCGGGGCGUCCUUGGCUCUGCUUGAGCUUUGUACAGCUCGUAGCGUGGUCUCUGGCCAAGGGCCGCUUAUGUUUCCACUUCUUCGCCUUAGCGUCUUCCUACUGGUCCAUCUUCAUCCGUUCACUAGGCCUGCCCAAGAGAACUUGCAAAGGCUAGCGUCGCUUGUUCAAUGUCUCCUGAGUGACGGCUGGCACUCGAAAGCGGGCAGUCUCUCAAGCGAGAGCGACAACAUGUGCAUCGUCGUACUCGCGCACGUUCAUGCAGCUCUGCUUCGGCUCAAGACCCAGGCGACGACCGUAGGUGGUACUUCGUACAGAUGUAUCGCCGAAGCCAGAAACGCUAUCGCCGAUGAAAACUUCACCAACUCUGCGGUAUCCCCAUCGGCUGUGGAUGCGAGUGCUGCGUACGAGUACGGGACGGUGUUGCUUGCCUUACUUCGAUAUUUUGCCAUCUAUCGGCGGGAUCUGCUAAGCGAAAGGCUCGGUGAACAACUGUUGUGCGCCAUUGUGGAAGCUACCACUUUUGAGCCACAGGACGCUUUCGGAGAACCCGAGAACGCGAACGCUGAUGAUGUUCUCGAGCUACACUCUGACCAAGCUCGGCGAUGCUGGGAUCACCUUCUUCAAAGUUUGAAGUGGAUGGAAACAACCAUUCUCUUUUCAUCCACGGAAGAGAGCGCCACACGUGCAAGUGGAGUGGCUGCUUUGCUGGAGGCUUGCAUGCCUAGCUUGAAGACUGCGGAAGAACUCGAAAAUCGGGCAGUUAGGGAGGCGGGAGAGCGCACCCGAAGAUGGCGAGAGCGUGAGAACCGAAUCGCAGUAUGUGCGCACGCGAGCAAGGGCGGAUUGGCUUCGACUGACGGCGUGGCCAACAAGGUCUACGACACUCUAAGGCAAAAGGCGCUCAAGUCUAGGGCGUUGCGCGAAGUCGAGACAGACUGCCGCCUGCUCGCUUCUCGGCGACGGUUCAAGUGCUGCCUGCAGACUCUCUCUGCUGCUUGGUCACCUUGGGCAGCAGGAGACCACAAGCAUGAGAGCCACAACCCGCUUGGAUGGGAGGUGUCGUCUCACAAAGACCAACUCAUGCGCCAGAUGCUGCUGGUUCCUAUUGACGAAGACGUGAGCCACAAGGAUGCGGCAUACGCAGGGACGACACCGAGCUCGGGGAAUCCAUCUCAGCUGCUCACAUCUGACGAUGAUGUACAUCGUGACGCUCGAUUGGUGUCUAAUUUAAAGCCUAGCGCAUCCCUCCUCUCUGGAGGAAGUUUCGGCUUUGUCGAUGACGACGAAGAGGAAACCGACGGAGAGGUAGAACCAUACGACCGACCCCCUGCCGACUCCUUUGGCCUCGGAGGUACUGGCACGGAAAAAGACGCUGACCCUGCAGAGUGGCAAGAUGUUUCUCGCCUGAGUGCAUCACAGGCGGAGAUCGAAGCAGCGUCCCAGUCGGCUGCGAAUCACCUCGAAUGGCAAGACAUACAUCCACCCGGGAGGGCGCAACGCUUGUGCGGCCAAUGGCGAGCCACCAACGUGCUGCGGCAAGGGUCACUGCCAGGCGUGUUGUACUUGUUCGAAGAGAGCCUGGUGUUUCACUGCCAGCCCAAUGAGAGCGAGGGGGGCGAAGAGGCGACGGUGGCUUGGCUGACUCAACAUGUUGGGCAAUCCUGGUGCUGGCGGUUGGAACGACUGACGCAGGUACACCUUCGGCGGUUCUUGCUCAGCCCACAGGCUGUUGAACUGUUUUGGGCGGACUCUCCGGAAGUGUUCCUUGCUUUCGAAGAUACGAGUGGGCGCCAAGCGUUCACCAGGCACUUGCGCAAGCGAAGGCUGCCCAUGUUACCAGAUUUGACACGGCAGGGAAUUCUCCACCCGAGGAAGGUGCUCAAGGCCAGCAAGCUCACGGAGCUUUGGCGGCGACGUCAGAUCUCUAAUUUCCAGUACAUCAUGGAGCUCAACGUGAUUGCUGGGCGCUCCUACAACGACAUAUCCCAGUAUCCAGUGUUUCCUUGGGUGCUUGCAGACUACACGUCCACCGAGCUAGAUCUCAACAAUCCGGCGUCGUUCAGAGACUUGAGCAAACCAAUGGGGGCGCAGAACGAGCGGCGGAGGCAACGUUUCUUGCAAAGAUACGCUUCCUUCGAGGAUGAGACAGUGCCGAAAUUCAUGUACGGCACCCACUACAGCAGCGCUGGCGUCGUUCUGCACUAUCUCGUGCGUCAGGAGCCGUUCACCACUCUGCACAUCAAUCUGCAGGGCGGGCGUUUCGACUGCCCCGACCGUCUGUUCGCGGACCUGGGCCAAAGCUGGAAAGGGUGCACUGACGAGAGUACGAUGUCAGACGUGAAGGAACUCACUCCGGAGUUUUUCUACUGCCCUGAAAUAUUUCUGAAUGCCAACAAGCUUCCGCUUGGCGAGAUGCAGGGCGAAAAGGGUGCUGUGGAUGAUGUGAAGUUGCCGCCAUGGGCGAAGGAUGCGUUUGACUUCGUGCGCAUUCACCGUCUCGCACUUGAGUCAGAGCAAGUCUCACGGAAUCUUCAUCGCUGGAUUGACCUAGUUUUCGGCUAUCAGCAACGCGGAGAUCAGGCUGUCAAAGCAGCCAACGUCUUUUACUACCUGACCUACGAGGGUGCGGUCGACCUGUCUCUGGUGAAUGACGAUCGUCAGAGGGAAGCCAUGGAGGCGCAAAUUCACCACUUUGGGCAGACUCCUAGCCAGGUGUUGAAGGAGCCACACCCCAUCAGAUUGCCACCAGAGGAGUGCGUGCUACCCAUUUUCAGCCCAACGUCGACCCUGGCUAGCCUGAGGGUGUUUUCUGCUGGGAAUAGGCCGCACGACCCUGGCCGUGGCGGGGCGCUGCUAGUGUACUGCACAAAGGACCGUCUGGUGUCGGUGGAUGCUACACUCCGCGUCACCACUUGGACAUGGAGUGGAGUCCCGGACGGUUUCGGGCUGCCUUUCACGCUGGGCCCAUCCGUAGAAACUUCUUUAUCGUCUCGUUCACUACACAUGAGCAACGUUUUAGCGCAACAAUCCGCGCCGAGAGGACCGGUGCUGGUCGCUCGUGGUAGGGGUCGCGGGGAGACCACCCGUACCUCGACGAAGGGGUCGGCGACCUCUUUCGGGUGGAACGCGACCCCAUGGAAUUCAGUGGCUGGUGCAUCGGCAAGUGGGGGGAGGGUGGGAACACCAGACGUACCUGCACGGGCUAUCGGUCGCGUGCACUCGUGUUUCGGCCUGUGCACAGCUUUUCAUGGGGGCUUAGAGUCACUUCUUUCAUGUGGGUACUGGGACAAUGGUGUUCGACUGCAUCGUGUCAACUCCGCCGGCAAGUUGCCCUUGGAUGGUUCAGAAACGGGAGGACAUUGCGGUGCAAUAACUUGCUUAGCGAUUGCACAGGAGAGCUCGCUACUGGUCACGGGGGGACGGGAUGCCACCUGCCGAGUGUGGGUGGUGGGCAACGCCCCGAUGGCGUCGGCUCUGGGUGGGGCCAGCGCUUGUGGUGUCAUCCCAAAGAAGGGGACAUCGAGCAAAAACUCCAUGGUAUGCGUGCACGUACUUUACGGGCACGAAGCCCCGAUCACGUGCCUGGCAGUCUCGGAGGACCUGGAUACCGUUGUGUCGGGGGCGAGCGAUGGUCGGAUAGUGCUGCACUGCUUGAAGAACGGCUGCUACGUACGACAGUACCGUUGCGGUACGGGCUCGCCAACUGCUACGGACGCUGCUGAAGCCAGUAUUCCGGAAGCCAGCCAACUGGCCUUUUCCCGCCACGGCGAUGUAGUCGUGCACAGCUGGACUGACCGUUCUCUUCAUCGAUAUAGCCUCAACGGGACCAGACUGGCGACUGCCGUGGCUCCUACGACGAUAAAUUGUCUCUUGACAGCAGGGGGGGGGGGAUACUUGUUGGCGGGGGGGCAAGACGGCGUGAUUCGAGUGCACACACUCCACGAUCUGUGUGUGUUGCACACGAUCGACUUGCAGCAGCAUGGCGGAGUUACUUGCAUGCGGAUGUCUCCGGACCACGAGUACCUACUGGCAGGCUCUCAGGACGGAGAGGUAUCCAUCAUUACCGACGCAAGAAAGCGAAUGCGUAUGCUUGACCUCGCUUUGCGGAGGGCAUUUGUGGGCUAAGUGUCAUCGUGUUUAAUCGCAUGAAAAAUUCACAAGUCACAACUGAAGGAUGGACGCAACUAAAGCAACCAUCAGGCACUCUAUCGAACCUUGUAAAAUUCUACAGCGCAAAUGCCGCAGGUUUCUCGGCACUGUCGUAGCUGCUCUGAACCGCCGGAUCAACAGCAGUGAGGAUUUUUCUCACGGUACUAGGCGAGUUCAACGCUUGCACUGCCAGAUCGGCCACAUCUGCCCUGUUGAUCACCCCUGCCGCCUUCGUAUCCUCUGUAAGUAUAGCUGUUCCGGUGGCAGCGUCGCUUUUGAGUCCCCCAGGGCGAAUGAUCGUCCACUCUGAGUUGGUGUAAUACUUGAGUAGCAUGUUUUCUGCCAGGGUCUUCGCCUUCAAAGCUUUCUCAAGAACCUGGAGGCAUAGGAUAAGGGAAGUUCGCAAUCGUACGGGGUGUUGGUGUUGAUUGGACCAAGGAAGCUCUCGCAACCAAGUUAGUUCGUCAGUUGCGAGGUUAGCUAGAUAGAGAUAAGAGGCUAGUAGUCUUACAACGUAGAACGCUCAGAUAUUGAGUUCACGAGAGUCGAGUGCCCGCCAAAAAACCCAUCGGAUUGGUGUCGAAGUCCGGCCGAAUGAAAAAAACAAUGGCUAACAAUGGCCAACAAUGGCUAACAAUGGCUUGCCGAUGCCAACUGCUCUUGAGCUUGUCGCAGGGAUGGAAACAACUCGUGUGGUCACCGUUAGAGGUUGCGGGUAGCAAUAGUCGAGAGAUUCAAGUUUGUAGAUAGGUGAAGUGAAGCCUUUUCCAUUUUGGGAUGUAGAAGAGUCGACAGUGGGCUGCACGACAAUUUUGCUUGACAACUCUAUCGAAUGUUUCUUCUUGAAAUGACAGGAUGGGGCUUCCGUAAGGUUUCCCCUUGUUGAUGAUCCAGAAAUGGCCUUUCGGGGACAGCAGUGUAAGUAAGUAAAUAUUCAGGUCAGGUCAGUUGUCCUAAACAGUUCAACAAUUUUGGAACGCACAAUAAGUGGUCACACCGUACCUUGAAACGGUGUGCUACCUAACCCACACAUUGCUUCCGU